AGUGACGAGGAAGAGCCACAGUUCAUCUACGAUCACAUCGUUUGCCGAAAAGAUAGUCAACGAAAGCAGGAUGCGUGGUCGUCCUUUACUCCAUCAAGCAAACGAGAACACUGCAUGAAAGAACUUCUAGAUACUGAACAGAAUUAUGUAGAAAAAGCUCUGAAUAUGAUAAUCAACAAAUUUUACGAGCCGCUUCAAAAGGUCGUACGUGAGGCAGACCACAAAAUCAUCUUCAUGAAUAUCAUGACUCUAUGGAACCUACAUCACUCAUUCCAUAGCGAUUUGCGGCAUGCGGUUUUGAAAACUCUUGGGUUGAGCCAGAGCAGUGAAGGACGGCCUAAUUCAUUAUUAGGAAGAACGAUUGGAGAUGUGUUUCUGCAGCAUAAGGACAAGUUUAUCGCUUAUGGUCCUUAUUGUAUGGGCCUUGGUGAAUCUCGAGCGCGAAUACUUGAACUCGAGAAGAACGAUCCUACUAUUAAGAACAAAAUAUAUGAAUGUACUGCAUCCGUCAAUGAUAAUCAAUUUAAACUGCAAGAUCUGUUGUGUUUGCCAAUGCAGCGGGUGCUGAAAUAUCAUAUACUGCUCUCGGUAAGCGUAGACUUUCGUUAG